AUGUAUACUCUACUACAAUACAUACGCUACCCUCCCAACAACACUCCCCCUCCACCCAUCCCAACACUGCAAACUUCCGCUCUUGACCCAACAACCUCGUCCCCACUUUUCCCCCGCCAAGCAUGCCGUGCAGCGCUGAAGCGAGUCGCUCGAGGCGAAGAUGCAGAUUGUGUAGCCUCGCCUCGUCUCGCCCGUGCGUGCGUGCGCGCGUACCGUCUUGAAGAUGACGCCAUCCAAGCCCGUCCUGAAGAACCAUCAAACUCAGCUCAACACUUCCCCUCCCCCUCCCCCACCAUCACCAUCACCAUCACCAUCACCAUCCAUCCAACCAACCUAACAAAACCACCCAUCAAACCACCCCUCCCCUCCCAAAACCCCUCAAUGCACCUCACUCUCCUCCCAACCGCCAAAACCCCCACCGUCAACCUCCCAACACGCCAUGCACGAUUCGGUCUGCUUGGUCUGCUUGGUCUGCAUCUAUCUGCCACCAUAGUAGGCAGCUAUGCCACCCCAUCCUCGCCCAACAACGCCCUCGAGCAACGGUGCUGGGGAAAUCGUGCACAGCUAGACGCCAAAAGAGCUUCUUCUGCGGACCGCUGA